AUGGGCAAUAGUGCUACCGGAGCUAUUGCUGGAUUAAUGUCUACAGUGUUCGCAAGGACACUUGGUUAUCGCCGGAAGAGGACAACACAAGAUUAUCUCUUUGAUGUUCCUGGCAAGUUGAAGAAUAAUGGAAAAGAUGCCGAGGAGCAUCCUAAAAUUCACCUUAGUCAGCUUAGAAAGUUUUCCCUGCGUGAGCUGCAAGAUGCAACGGACAACUUUAGUAACAAAAAGAUUGUGGGCAAAGGUGGAUCUGGUGAGGUUUACAAAGGACGAUUGGCUAAUGGGUCUCUAGUUGCAGUGAAAAGACUUAAAGAGGAAGGCGCUCGGUUUGGAGAGGUGCAAUUUCAAACAGAAGUACACAUCAUCAGCCUGGCAGUCCAUCGUAACUUGCUGCGGCUGCGUGGUUAUUGCAAGACCCCAACUGAAUGGUUGCUUGUAUAUCCUUUCAUGGCCAAUGGUAGUGUGGCAUUGUGUUUACGAGCCCGCCCGAAGUCACGGCCCCCGCUUGAUUGGCCUGUACGGAAGCGAAUCGCACUGGGAGUCGCAAGGGGGCUUGCUUAUUUGCAUAAUCAUUGUGAUCCAAAGAUCAUUCACCGUGAUGUCAAAGCUGCCAAUAUACUAUUGGAUGAGGAGUUUGAAGCAGUUCUUGGGGACUUUGGCUUUGCAAAACCCAUGGACUACGAAGACACAGCUGUGCUUGGUUCAGUUGGGCACAUUGCACCAGAAUACCUCUCCACCGGAAUGUCUUCGGAAAAGUCUGAUGUUUUCAGUUAUGGUGUGAUGCUUCUUGAACUAUUAACUGGACAGAUGGCUUUAGUUCGUGCACGACUUGGCGAUGAUGAUGAUGUCAUGUUAAUUGAUUGGGUGAUAGGGCUUUUCAAAGACAAGAAAUUGGAAACACUAAUGGAUGCUGAUUUGGGCUAUGAAUAUAAUGAAGAGGAGGCAGAGCAUUUAAUCAAAGUGGCCUUACUAUGCGCACAAAACUCGGUUAUGGAAAGACCAACGAUGUCUGAGGUGCUAAAGAUGCUUGAAGAUGAUGGGCCUGAUGAAAAAUGGGGUGAAUGGCAGAAAGACGGGACGGGUCCAUUAGUUGACGGAACCCUUCCUUGCUACUCCCAAGUGAACUUCUCUAGCCCGCCAAUUCUAGACUCAGAUUCAGAUAUCCCCCCAGACGAACUGUCAGGUCCCAGAUGAUCUUCUCAACCUUAAUAUAUGUUAAUUGAUUCUCUUCCUGCUGGCCAGAUAAAAUCCCCCCACUGAUCAUGUUGUGAUUGUUGCCAUGAAUGUGUAAUUGGGAGUCUAGUACACAGGUGACCAUCACUUGCGUUGACGUUGUACCUGUAUUAUAUUUAUGGACAAUUAAUGUGUAAGAAAUAAAUGAAAGAACAAUUAGUGCCUAGAAAAUAGUAAAUGAAAGUGUGUUUUCCCUUUCAAA